AAGAAUUAUACUUAUGGGCCGGGCGCGGUGGCUCAAGCCUGUAAUCCCAGCACUUUGGGAGGCCGAGACGGGUGGAUCACGAGUAUAAGAAUACAUUGUAGCUCGACAUUUUGACACCGGCCCCUAAAUCUUUCCCACCACCACCCCCGCUGCGACAAAGCACUACGCUCCUUACGACAGCGUACGACGCCUAGCCUGACAGGAACACCUCUUACGGUAGAACCGCGCGGGCCAAUCGCGCGGCUCCCGGGCGAAAACGUAACUGCGCCUGUGCAUGCGCAGGGCGGGGAGACCUUGGCGAGGCGGCGGAGGCGCCCAGCGGAGGUGAAAGCAUUGGCGGAAGGGAAGAUACAGCGGAAAAAUGCAGAGCUGGAGUCGUGUGUACUGCUCCUUGGCCAAGAGGGGCCAUUUCAAUCGAAUAUCUCAUGGCCUACAGGGACUUUCUGCAGUGCCUCUGAGAACUUACGCAGAUCAGCCGAUUGAUGCUGAUGUAACAGUUAUAGGUUCUGGUCCUGGAGGAUAUGUUGCUGCUAUUAAAGCUGCCCAGUUAGGCUUCAAGACAGUCUGCGUUGAGAAAAAUGAAACACUUGGUGGAACGUGCUUGAAUGUUGGUUGUAUUCCUUCUAAGGCUUUAUUGAACAACUCUCAUUAUUACCAUAUGGCCCAUGGAAAAGAUUUUGCAUCUAGAGGAAUUGAAAUGUCCGAAGUUCGCUUGAAUUUAGACAAGAUGAUGGAGCAGAAGAGUACUGCAGUAAAAGCUUUAACAGGUGGAAUUGCCCACUUAUUCAAACAGAAUAAGGUUAUUCAUGUCAAUGGAUAUGGAAAGAUAACUGGCAAAAAUCAAGUCACUGCUACGAAAGUUGAUGGCGGCACUCAGGUUGUUGAUACAAAGAACAUUCUUAUAGCCACGGGUUCAGAAGUUACUCCUUUUCCUGGAAUCACGAUUGAUGAAGAUACAAUAGUGUCAUCUACAGGUGCUUUAUCUUUAAAAAAAGUUCCAGAAAAGAUGGUUGUUAUUGGUGCAGGAGUAAUAGGUGUAGAAUUGGGUUCAGUUUGGCAAAGACUUGGUGCAGAUGUGACAGCAGUUGAAUUUUUAGGUCAUGUAGGUGGAGUUGGAAUUGAUAUGGAGAUAUCUAAAAACUUUCAACGCAUCCUUCAAAAACAGGGGUUUAAAUUUAAAUUGAAUACAAAGGUUACUGGUGCUACCAAGAAGUCAGAUGGAAAAAUUGAUGUUUCUAUUGAAGCUGCUUCUGGUGGUAAAGCUGAAGUUAUCACUUGUGAUGUACUCUUGGUUUGCAUUGGCCGACGACCCUUUACUAAGAAUUUGGGACUAGAAGAGCUGGGAAUUGAACUAGAUCCCAGAGGUAGAAUUCCAGUUAAUACCAGAUUUCAAACUAAAAUUCCAAAUAUCUAUGCCAUUGGUGAUGUAGUUGCUGGUCCAAUGCUGGCUCACAAAGCAGAGGAUGAAGGCAUUAUCUGUGUGGAAGGAAUGGCUGGUGGUGCUGUGCACAUUGACUAUAAUUGUGUGCCAUCAGUGAUUUACACACACCCUGAAGUUGCUUGGGUUGGCAAAUCAGAAGAGCAGUUGAAAGAAGAGGGUAUUGAGUACAAAGUUGGGAAAUUCCCAUUUGCUGCUAACAGCAGAGCUAAGACAAAUGCUGACACAGAUGGCAUGGUGAAGAUCCUUGGGCAGAAAUCGACAGACAGAGUACUGGGAGCACAUAUUCUUGGACCAGGUGCUGGAGAAAUGGUAAAUGAAGCUGCUCUUGCUUUGGAAUAUGGAGCAUCCUGUGAAGAUAUAGCUAGAGUCUGUCAUGCACAUCCGACCUUAUCAGAAGCUUUUAGAGAAGCAAAUCUUGCUGCAUCAUUUGGCAAAUCAAUCAACUUUUGAAUUAGAAGAUUAUAUAUUUUUUUUCUGAAAUUUCCUGGGAGCUUUUGUAGAAGUCACAUUCCUGAACAGGAUAUUCUCACAGCUCCAAGAAUUUCUAGGACUGAAUUAUGAAACUUUUGGAAGGUAUUUAAUAGGUUUGGACAGAAUGGAAUACUCUUAUAUCUAUAUUUUACAUAAAUUUAGUAUUUUGUUUCAGUGCACUAAUAUGUAAGACAAAAAGCUACUUAUUGUAGCAUCCUGGAAUAUCUCCGUCAACUCAUAUUUUCAUGCUGUUCAUGAAAGAUUCAAUGCCACUGAAUUUAAAUAGCUUUUUUCUCUGAUACAGAAAAGUUGAAUUUUACAUAGAUGGAGUUAGAAUUUGAUAUGUGAACAGUUGUGUUUGAAGCGAAGUGAUCAAGUUAUUUUUAAUUUGGUUUUCACAUUAGAAACAAGUCAGUCAUUCAAAUAAGAUUCAAAUGUCUAUAAACCAAACUGAUGUAAGUAAGUGGCUUCUUACUUGUUUUAUUUAACCCCUGAAUUCUUUUAGUUUAGGGGUAGAUUCCAUCGUUGUCUACAACUCUGAAGGGUAAUUACAUAGUUAUCCAAAUUAAGAGAGUCUAUUUAAGGAACUCAAAUACGUGGGGAUUCAAAUGUAUUACAGUGGAGAAUGAAGAUACUGAAAUAAACAUCUUAAAUAUUCAUUUACUGGUUAUUAUGAGUACGUGUUGAGAUGGUCGUAGUUUUUUUUACGACUACCUCUAGUGUAUAUUCUUAUUUAGUAGGCCUGAAUGCAUCUUUAUUUUCAUGUUAUAGGACAAUAUUAAGGCAUUUUAAAGGUCAUUAUCCUUUCAUCUAUUUUAGAGACACCUACUAAAUGUUUAAUAUAUACUUUUGGAGAAGU